AUGUCCGCCGCACCUGUGUCUGCUGGGAAUGGUUCGUUUAAGAAGAAAGCAAUGAAUGCCUCAAACAUUCUUAGAAAUUCUUUGUCAAGAAAGGGCAGGCGGAGCAGCAAGGUCAUGUCUGUUGAAAUUGAGGAUGUUCACGAUGCUGAGGAGUUGAAAGCUGUUGAAGAGUUCCGUGAAGCUCUUAUAGCGGAUGAUCUCCUCCCUGCAAAGCAUGAUGACUAUCAUAUGAUGCUUAGAUUCCUAAAGGCCAGGAAAUUUGAAAUCGAUAAAUCAAAGCUGAUGUGGUCUGAUAUGCUGAAAUGGAGGACGGAAUUUGGUGCUGACACUAUUGGGGAGGAAUUCGAAUUCAAGGAAAUUGAUGAAGUAUUGAAAUAUUAUCCACAAGGACAUCAUGGAGUAGACAAAGAAGGACGACCUGUGUACAUAGAAAGAUUAGGACAAGUCGAUGCUGCCAAGAUGAUGCAAGUCACAACCAUGGAUCGCUAUAUCAAAUACCAUGUAAAGGAGUUUGAGAGGACAUUCGAUGUAAAGUUUGCAGCUUGUUCAAUUGCUGCCAAGAAACACAUCGAUCAAAGUACGACUAUCCUGGAUGUGGAGGGAGUGGGGCUUAAAAGCUUCAACAAACAUGCUAGGGAACUUGUUACUCGCAUUCAGAAGAUUGAUGGUGACAACUAUCCAGAGACCUUGAAUCGCAUGUUCAUCAUCAAUGCAGGUUCUGGAUUUAGAAUACUAUGGAACACCGUAAAAUCCUUCCUUGAUCCCAAGACCACAGCAAAAAUCCAUGUUCUUGGCAACAAGUAUGAUACUAAGUUGCUUGAAGUAAUUGAUGCAAGUGAGUUGCCUGACUUUUUAGGAGGUACAUGUACAUGUGCUGAUCAAGGAGGAUGUAUGCGUUCGGAUAAGGGACCAUGGACUGAUGCAGAUAUAAUGAAGCUGGUUCAGAAUGGUGCUCACAAAUGUUCAAGAAAAUCUGAGUCUAUUGUUGAGGAAGAGAACACAAUUGCUGAGGAGGACCACAAGGAUUCUAAGUUGGAGGAAAAUCUCACCUCAGAGGUUUCUCCAAAUUGUGAAGAGGUCCCUGCUACUGAAGUUUCCAAGCAAGAGGAUUCAACCCCCGUGGAUGAUAAAAAAACUGAUCAGAAAAAAGCUGACCUAAUCUCCACGGAUGAUAAAAAAGCUUCUCAGAAAAAAAUUGACGAGAGUGACGCCAUGGCAACAUCAACAGAGUUUAUGACUGUCAUGAAACGCAUGACUGAGUUGGAACAGAAGAUGACAAACAUUAAUCAUACGCCUGCUUUAAUGCCACCUGAGAAGGAGGAAAUGCUAAAUAAUACUAUUAGUCGAGCGGAUUUAUUAGAAAAACAACUCAUGGACACCAAGAAGGCUUUAGAGGAUUCACUUGCUAAGCAAGAGGAGAUUUCGGCUUAUGUUGAGAGCAAAAAGCAGAAUAAAAGAACAUGUUUUUGUUUAUGGUAA